AAUUUUAAAUACACAGGAAGUUAUUCUUGUCAACAGUUGGGCGGUGUACAAGCCUUACAGACAAGGAAGAUUGUAGUUUAAUUAACAGAAUGGGAUUAAUACCUAGAUGUAAACUAUUCUUAGUCGUGUAAAAACCCACCGGGAAUACUACAGGGUCAGCAAUUGAAAUGGAGGAGACGGACAGGGAGGCUGUUGCAACAGCUGUACAGAGAGUUGCUGGGAUGCUGCAAAGACCAGACCAGUUAGACAAAGUGGAACAGUAUCGCAGGAGGGAGGCUCGCAAAAAGGCCUCAGUAGAGGCUAGACUCAAGGCAGCUAUUCAAUCUCAGCUUGACGGGGUACGAACUGGUCUAAGUCAACUCCAUAAUGCAUUGGGGGAUGUGAAGGACAUCCAACGGUCCCUGGGAGACGUUAGCAAGGACUGGAGACAGAGCAUCAACACCAUAGAGAACUUAAAGGAUGUGAAGGAUGCCGUCGUGCAGCACAGUCAACUGGCUGCAGCUGUGGAGAACCUCAAAAACAUUUUCUCAGUGCCAGAGAUAGUCCAGGAGGCUCAUAACCUGAUUGAACAAGCGGAGCUCCUACAAGCCCAUCGGAAGCUGAUGGACCUGGAGUGCUCACGGGACGACCUCAUGUACGAGCAGUACCGCAUGGAUGUAAAGAACACGCACGACAUGAAUCUCAUCCGCAAUUACUUUGGGGAGGUGCAGAAUCUCUCUGAGGAGCUGGCCAAACAGCUGUGGAUGGUGCUCCAGAGGUCUUUGCUUACCGUCCGCCGGGACCCUACAAUGGUUGUCUCUGUGGUGCGUAUCAUUGAACGCGAGGAGAAGAUUGACAGACGAAUGCUCGACCGUAAGAGGCAGACGGCCUUCAUCCCGCCCGGUAGACCAAAGAAGUGGAAGGAGAAGAUGUUUGAGGUCCUGGAAGGGACAGUGAGCACCAGGAUUGAGGGUAGCCAGUCAGACACCCGCGAAUCGGAUAAAAUGUGGCUUGUGCGCCUCCUGGAGAUCACUCGCAAAUACGUGCAGAACGAUCUUAUUGUGGUUAAGAACCUGAUGAUCCAGUGUUUCCCGCCUAACUACGACAUUUUAAACAAAUUCUUCACACUGUAUCACAAGGCACUGUCGGUGCGUAUCGAGGAACUUGCUUCAGAAGACCUUGAGGCUAACGAAAUUGUUUCCCUUCUCACAUGGGUUCUAAACACAUACAAAAGUGCAGAGAUGAUGGGACACCCAGAACUAACCACAGAAAUGGAUGUGAACAACAUGGGCCCUUUGCUUCCAAAGGAGGUGGUAAAUCAGCUACUCAGCAAGUACAUACAGAUUUUUACGUCAAAUAUCACUGGCUGGUUGCGGAAAGCUCUAGAAACUGACAAGAAGGACUGGAAGAAAGAUACAGAACCAGAAGCUGACCAAGAUGGUUACUAUCAGACCACACUGCCUGCCAUUGUCUUCCAGAUGUUUGAGCAAAAUCUCCAAGUGGCUGCUCAGAUUGAUGAAAUAUUUAAGCAGGAGGUGCUGCGUCUGUGUUUGAAACAGAUGACCUCCUUUUUAAUUAGGUACAGGGAAGAAGCAAUUGCUUACAAAGAAGAUCAUAUGAGAGAUAGACAACAUCCUCAGUGCUAUGUUCAGUAUAUGAUUGCCAUUAUCAACAACUGCCAAACCUUUAAAGAGUCCAUAAAAAGCUUAAAGAAGAAGUAUUCCAAAACAGAGUUUGAUGAACAUGACGCUGCCAUCAACUCAACAUUAGACAGUGUGGCAAAAGAUGGAUGUGUGUAUCUGUUGGAUGAAGUCUUUAUGGAUCUGGAGCAACAUCUCAACGAACUCAUGACUAGAAAAUGGCUGACAGGAUCCAACGCUGUGGAUACCAUUUGUGUCACAAUAGAGGAUUAUUUUAACGACUUUGCCAAAAUUAAAAAGCCAUACAACAAGGAGAUGACAUUUGAGGCCCAUCGCAGGGUGGUCAUUGAGUACGUCAAGGCAGUCAUGCAAAAAAGAAUAUCUUUCAAAAAUCCAGAUGAGCGAAAAGAGGGAGCAGAAAGAAUGAUCAAGGAAGCUGAACAGUUUAAAUUUCUUUUUAGGAAACUUUCAGCAGGUUUAGGUGAGGAUACCGAUAGGUUGUGUGAUGCCAUUGUUGCAUUGGCAGAAGUUUUUAAACUCACUGAUCCUACCUUGCUGUAUCUUGAAGUAUCUACACUUGUCUCUAAAUACCCGGAUAUAAGGGAAGACCACGUUUUAGCUUUGUUGGCGGUGCGUGGAGAUGCCAGUCGGGAGAUGCGGCAGAUGAUUAUCGAAACUCUGAAUCAAAACAAACCCUUGUCGACCGUAAACAUACAGCCAGUUUUCAGAGAUAUUGUUGUCCCUACUACCGUGAAUAAAUUACUUAAAUAAAUUUAAAGCAAGAAGAACCGAUGUAAGAACAAGAGAACACAUUAUUCUAAAUUACAAUAUAGAUUUAAUUUGAGGGACAAGAAUGAACACAUUUCAAUUAAUUGUAUUUGUGUGUGCACUUUGAAAAUUAAAUGUGGGUAAGGG